CUGCUCGGGUCCUCUUCCAUUGAUUUAACCCUCUACAUCCCGAUCACUGUGCUGUCGACGGGCGUCCACACCAUGGCGAACGCCUUCAGAAUGUCAAUAAGGCGCUUCGCCACCACAGCAGCCCGCGCGGCAAGCGCAGCUACAGAAGCACCCACGCCCAAUGCUUACGGUAUCCGCGUGUCCAAAGCCCAAGGUGUAGUCGACCAGUUGACAGGUGCAAUCGGCAACACUCCCCUCAUCCGCCUCCGGCACCUCUCCGAGCAAACCGGAUGCAACGUCUUAGGCAAAUCCGAAUUCCAAAACCCCGGAGGCUCGGUCAAAGACCGCGCGGCGCUAUACGUCGUUAAAGAUGCCGAAGAGCGUGGGCUUCUCAAGGCAGGAGGCACGGUCGUCGAGGGCACAGCGGGCAACACGGGCAUCGGGCUCGCCCAUGUCUGCCGCGCGCGUGGAUAUAAGCUGGUCAUAUACAUGCCCAACACGCAGUCACAAGGCAAGAUCGACCUCCUACGCCUGCUCGGGGCUGAAGUGUACCCCGUGCCUGCGGUUGCGUGGGAGAAUCCAGAGAACUACAAUUGGCAGGCCAAACGGCACGCGGAGCGGUUAUUGAAAGAGGAUCCCGAGCACGGCGCCGUCUGGACGAAUCAGUUCGACAACAUCGCAAAUCGUCGGGCACACAUCGAGACGACGGGGCCCGAAAUCUGGGCGCAGACGGAUGGCAAGAUUGACGCUUUCACGUGUGCGACAGGCACGGGCGGAACACUUGCGGGCACCACGCGAUAUCUCAAGGACGUGAGCGGUGGGCGUGUCAAGUCGUUCCUGGCAGACCCGCCCGGUUCAGUUUUGUUUUCGUACGUCAGCUCGGGCGGGCAACUCAACGAGCGGAAGGGUAGCAGUAUCACUGAAGGCAUCGGCCAGGGUCGGGUUACGGAUAACUUGAAGAACGAGGUCAACGAACUUGACGGUGCGCUACAGAUCUCGGACGACAAGACGAUAGCCAUGGUGUAUCGCUGUCUGGAUGAGGAAGGGCUUUACCUCGGAGCGAGCAGCGCGUUGAACGUUGUGGCGGCGAAGGAGGUUGCUGAGAAGCUGGGGCCGAAUCAUACCGUUGUCACAAUGCUGUGUGACGGUGCGUACAGGUACGCGGACCGAUUAUUCAGCGACAAAUGGUUGCGGAGUAAAGGGCUGAGAGACGCCAUUCCUGAGCAUCUCCAAAAGUAUAUUGUUUUGGAAUAGACGAAUGAGAUAUGUGUCAAAGAA